CACAGUGAACAUCAUUGUGCUCUCUGUGUGAUGGGGUUUUUACAGCAUUCAUAUCUACAGCUUCUGAAUCUACUAAUAGCAGCCUUAUCAGAAUGUAAAGCUGAGACAAGGACAUCCUGUGUCACUUCAGGCAGCAUCACGUACAUACAUGUGCAGGGUGACAAUGUAUCCAUUUCUUGUCUAAACACAACCCGUAACUCAAAUACAUUUAGACUGAAACUACGGAGAACCAACAAAGACACAGACAUCCUUUCCUAUCCAAAUAUAUCAUCAUAUCAUCAGAGGUGGUCUUUUACAAAUAACACUGGAAAUGUCACAGUUGAUCUGAAAGACAUUGUUGUAUUGGAUGCUGGCCAGUAUGAAUGUGAGGUGCAAAUGAAUUCAGAGUGUAUUACAACCCAAUUUUAUCUGAAGGUCAAAGAGUGUAAAGUCCUGAAACCAGUCUGGACUACGCCAAAGUCUGAAAUCAUGCUACCAUGUCCUGAACUUCUAAACGUGAAGUGGGAAGUCCUUCAUGGUGACAAAUCGACAGAGAUCACCAAAUAUGAAUGCAAGCACACAGAAAAGACAGAAGGAGCCACGAAGCCCCUGUGUGAGAGAUCGAAAAUUGUCAAAACAUCUAUGAUCAUUCGAGAUGUGGUAAACAGUGAUGCGUUGUGGUAUCGCUGCAGAGGGAAUAAAACAUGCUAUGAUGUGAAGCUGAAUGUGAAAGAUUAUGAAACGUCUUGCGUAACACUUUCCACAGCUUUGUCAACCACAGAUAAACCAGAUCCAACUGUCAGUAAUGUUGGUCAGAUGGAGGACAGCAGGAGCUCAACUGCAACAGUGGCCUCUGUUUUAUCUGUGUGUAUCGUCGCAUCCCUGAUCAUCUGUGUUAUUCUCUAUCUGAAAAUACGAAAGAGCAAAACCACCAGCCAAAUUGAAUUUAGACGGAACUCCUUAUAUUUUGCUCGGGAAUCAGUAUAUUAUUCCCAGAUUUCAGAAGGGCUGCAAUUCCUAUCGUAUCCUUUACUGCGAAAUAAUUCAGAAACCUUGACCACCUUUGGACAAACAGAAGCUGCUGCAUAUGUAAACGACAGCCAGUCUACUAAAAAAUGUAGCUCUUAAUAUGUUUGGUUGUCAAGUGUAAGCUUUCUUGUUUAUAAAAAAGUGUGUCAAAUUUGUUUUGUAGGAGACACAGAAAGACAGACAUUAUGCAUAGACACAUAAAUCUACAGUAUGCCUAUUAAAUUCACUGAAUGCAUUUAAGGCCUUUUUUCAUUUUUUGUAGAAUUCUGGACAUGUUGUAUAUCAGGUCUAAGAGUGGCUUGAAAUGUCUUCAAAUUGUAAACAUGUUGUUUCUUUGAGCCGUGGCGUGCCAACUUGUUUUUACCCUGUUCUACCAAGAUGAAAUGUGGUCGCAACUUUCUGUAGAAUGCAUUUAUUUUACUGCUUUGCAGAUUUCAUAUUAAGCCAGAACAUAUCACAAAGGAUUCAUGUGAAAGCAACUACAGUAAUUGUAACAUUGGUAUACUGCCAAAACCAGAUGAUACUUUCAAUAAAAAAACAUAUAAAACAUUC